GGUGGCAAAUUCCAUCCGAAGAGUGUUCAUCGCAGAAGUCCCUAUCAUAGCCAUCGACUGGGUCCAGAUAGAUGCCAACUCCUCUGUGCUCCAUGAUGAAUUCAUUGCGCACAGGCUGGGUCUCAUCCCGCUCACCAGCGAUGACAUUGUGGAUAAGAUGCAAUAUUCCAGAGACUGCACAUGUGAUGAGUUCUGUCCAGAGUGCUCUGUGGAGUUCACCCUAGACGUCCGGUGCAAUGAAGACCAGACUCGUCACGUCACAUCCCGCGAUCUCAUCUCCAACAACCCCCGGGUCAUACCGGUAACAUCUCGGAGCAGAGACAACGAUCCCAAUGACUAUGUGGAGCAGGAUGACAUCCUCAUUGUGAAGCUGCGAAAGGGCCAGGAGCUGAGACUGCGAGCCUAUGCCAAGAAGGGCUUUGGCAAGGAGCACGCCAAAUGGAACCCCACGGCAGGCGUAGCCUUCGAAUACGACCCGGACAAUGCGCUGAGGCACACCGUGUACCCCAAACCAGAGGAGUGGCCCAAGAGUGAGUACUCGGAGAUUGAUGAGGAGGAUGCUCAGGCUCCCUAUGACCCCAACGGGAAGCCAGAGAGGUUUUAUUACAACGUGGAGUCCUGUGGUUCUCUGCGCCCAGAGACCAUCGUUCUCUCUGCACUCUCCGGCCUGAAGAAGAAGCUGAGUGACCUCCAGACCCAGCUGAGCCACGAGAUUCAGAGCGAUGUCCUCACUAUAAACUGAGGUGCCCCCUUGCAAGCGGGUGCUGACGUGUGAGUGAUGCAGAAAGUCCUUGCCUCUGUCCAGCAGCGCUCUGGGCUGAGGGUUUUACCUCCCCAUCUCCCUCUAUCUUUCCUGGCCCAGCUCUGCUGGUUGGUGACACCUCUUCCCUGGCCCUCCUUCUCAUGAAAAGCCAUCGUGGUGUGUAGGGUAAAGCAGGAAGGGAAUCAAUGAGCACCUUUGCUGGGACAGGCUUUGUCUUUAAGCGAUCCCUGAGCUUUAGGCCAGAGGUUUGGAUUCUGGCCAUGUGGCAUUUGGGAUUGGGAAGCGUGUACCUCAGUUACACAACCCUACCUUAUUUGCAUGUUUCUCCCUUACUGUGCUGAAUAAAGCCUUACCCC